AUGGGAUCAGGGAGCACACUGAAGUUUGCCCUCUGCGAGGUGCUGCAGUUUGCUGGCCUGUGUGUGCCACUCUUCAUCGUGAUGCAGAGAUUUGCCAUCAUUGUGGCAAAGGUCAAAGCGUCUGCGCAGCCCCCCAGCGACACCAGCACAGCUUACUGGCUGAUCGUGGCCUCCUCAAUCGCCUAUGUCACCUCCACCGCCCUGCUGGUGUGGGUACCCCUGAAGUACUUGGUGUUUAUAAAAAAGAAGUUUCUUGUUGGGAGGAAGAAAUGGAGGCCUGUGGCCCUGGUAUAUGUAAUCCUGUCCACGUUACCCUGCUUUGCCUUUCUCAUUGCCAGCUCUGAGGUUCAGAUAAACAACAACAUGAAACAUGAUACAUUUACGGAGAUCCCUGUGUCUUUGGUCUUCUUCUCCUUAAUCUGCAUUGAUGUUGUGGAGAGGAUACGACACUGCAGAUUGACCGGACAGGCUAAUGAAAUGGGAAGAGAUGCUGAAAUCCCCUCCACUGUCUUAACUCAUGUGGAACCAAUAACACCAGCAUCCCCAAUCACUCCAGCUGUGUCAGGAGCUGCCGUUUCAGGACCAGCUGUGCCCGGCCCGGCUGUAUCGCGGCCAUCAAUGCAUAGGCAAGGUAUGCCAAAUCCUCUUCAGCCUGGAACAAGUCAGAUAAGUGACAGGAACCACAAUGGAGGAGGGAUACGUCCGGAGACUAAUGGUGUCAUACCUGGAAUAAAUGGGACCCCUGGCCGGCCAUUUAUCAUCUCUUCUCCUGAACUGAGCUCACCAUCAAUGACUGGACCAGCUUAUCAUUUGUCUCCAUACACCUACACUGGCCCUCUGAGGUUUCUAUGCGUCAGUGACGCCCGAGCAGAUGUAUUCGUUGAUAGCUUUAUGUUCUGGAUGGAUACGGUGGAGAUGGUGAGGGUGGCAGGACAUCCAUUGGUCUACUACUCCGGCUGGGUCUUUCCCAUCUACAUCUUCAGCUAUGUGUCCUGCCUGCGUGUGGUGGUCAUGCCCAACACCCCACUCCUUUCCUCUCUAGGAGUCGCUCUGCAGGACUUACCUUUCUUCUUUGUGCGUGUUGGCCUCAUAGCCCUCUUCGGGUUUGUCACGCCCGUACUCUAUCUGAUGAAGAAUCUGUUGGUCUGUCUGGCAUUUAUCUACUUUAACUUCAUGACCAAGCUGAGGGUAUUUAACACAGAGAGGAUGUUCUUUUGAGACCAUGAGUGGAAGGACAGAACACUGUCAGGAAAUGCAACCUGAUGGCAUUCAGAAAGGGGUUCCACCAGUUUACAAUUCAUAUUUAGCAAUGGUAUUCAAGGCAAAUCACAACUGGAUGCAAAUACACCAUAUAUGUCAUAGAGUCUUGUGACCUAACCACUGCAUAGCAGUGAAAAAACAAUAAAUUCCUAAAAGGACUAAAUUGAAUAAUCUUUUAAAUAAGAGGGUCUAUUAGGGAGGCAACAGUUCAGUUUAUCUGAAUGAAAUCUGGGACACUGGAGAAAAUGUAGCAACCAAUCAAGCUCCACACUUAUCAGCCCCGGUAUAGAUUUGUAUAAAGCUUUCCAGUACAUGUGUAUAUUAUUUUGGUAGCAUAAUCUAGACUGAAUUAUUUUUAGAAAAUUAAACUUUUUUGUUUUAUUUUGCUAACUUGAUCUGAGUGAUUAGGAAUUGUUUCACUACCUCUUCCCUUUAAAAAUGACAAUACAGGUCACUAAUUUGAUGAACACUCUUAGAAAUGGGAAAGGCAAGAAAAAGGGGCAUUCAAGGAAAACAGAUGGGAUGUUGUUCUUUAGUAGUUUUAAAAUAAAAAAGUUACUUUUAUAAGGAGGUCUGAUUCUUCCCCUGAUGAGAUGCCACCCUGGGCAGUUGCCCAUGUUGCUCAUAUCAGAAACUGCCACCAACUGAGCUGAAGAGAUGACAUCAUGAUAGAUCAACCAGAGCAACCAGCAACUGUUCUGUGCACAGUUCGGUGCACUGGAAAAUGCAAGUUCUUGCACAGUUCUUGCAAGUGCAAGAACUGUGCAAGAACUGUCCCUUCUUCCCUGUGCAAGAAGGGAAGUAAAUAAGUUACUCCAAUGAUAGGUUAGAUUUCUUAAAAAAAAAACACACUGAUAUUCUGCUAUUGCAGUUAGAAAUUAAUUUCUUUAACCCCCCUUUAAACUAAUUGAAUUUAACUGUGAACAGCUCGGUUUUUAAUAAAUUUAUGUUAAAAAAAAGAUUGUAAGAAUUUUAAACACAACUUUCAAUUACAAAAUGUUGAAAGAGCAUGUAGUUUUGUGAAAGUGAAAAUAUUUGUGCUCAUAUGUUAUAGAACAGCUGGUGGAACCAAACAGUUUGCACUUGAUUAAUCAAAAAUGUUUUGCUGAAAUAAUCAAAUAGUACUUUUCACAGGCCAAAUGGGAGCUCUCAGGCAAUGCAGACACAUCAAGUGUCAAAUAACUGCUGCAAUAUGUUUUAAUAACUCCAUGUGCAAAUAUACUGUUUGUACCCCUUUCUACUCCUUUUGCAAAAAUGAUUGAAUGACUAUGACUGUAAGCUGUGUGUUUUAAACCAUCAU